AGCGCUUUCGACGUGGCGGUGGUGGGCGCGGGAAUCGUGGGGCUGGCCUCCGCCCGGGAGCUCGUCCGGCGGCACCCCUCGCUCGCCUUCGCCGUGCUGGAGAAGGAGAAGGAGCUAGCUCAUCACCAGAGUGGACAUAACAGUGGUGUGAUUCACAGUGGAAUUUACUACAAACCUGGAUCUCUGAAAGCUAAGCUGUGUGUGCAGGGUGCAGCCCUCUGCUACGAGUACUGUGACCAGAAGGGAAUACCGUAUAAACAGUGCGGGAAGCUAAUCGUAGCCGUUGAACAAGAUGAAAUUCCAAGACUCAAAGCUCUGUAUGAAAGAGGGCUGCAGAACAACGUCCGAGGGCUGAAACUGAUUGGAGCAAAAGAAAUACAAGCGAAAGAACCCUUCUGCAGGGGUCUGAUGGCCCUUGAUUCCCCAUAUACCGGCAUCGUGAACUACAAACAAGUGGCCCAGUCCUAUGCUGAAGACUUCCAGGAAGCAGGUGGGACGAUCUUGACUGAUUUUGAAGUUACAAACAUGGAGAUGGCUAAAGAAAGUUCUUCAGAAAGCGAAGAUGGACUGAAAUACCCAGUCAUUGUUAGGAACUCAAAGGGUGAGGAAAUCUACUGCACGCACAUUGUGACCUGUGCAGGACUUUACUCAGACCGCCUGUCUGAGAUCAGUGGCUGCAGCCCUGAACCUCGUAUUGUACCCUUCCGUGGAGAUUAUUUGGUGCUAAAGCCAGAAAAGUGCUAUAUGGUUAAAGGAAAUAUUUAUCCGGUUCCCAACCCUCGCUUCCCUUUUCUGGGAUUUCAUUUCACACCAAGAAUGGAUGGCAGUGUUUGGCUUGGUCCUAAUGCAGUACUAGCCUUUAAGCGAGAGGGCUACAAGUUGUUUGACUUCAGCACUGGAGACUUUUUAGAUGCUGUAAUGUACAGCGGGUUAUGGAAGCUUGUGCUGAGAAACUUGUCUUACGGACUGAGUGAAAUGUACAGAGCGUGUUUCCUUAGCGCACAGGUGAAGCAACUUCAGAAGUUCAUCCCUGAGGUCACCGUCAAUGAUGUACUCAGGGGUCCAUCCGGAGUGAGAGCUCAAGCAUUGGACAGUGACGGAAAUUUGGUAGAUGACUUUGUGUUCGAUGGAGGCAGUGGAGAUAUCGGAAGCAGAAUUCUUCAUGUCAGAAAUGCCCCUUCUCCUGCUGCUACCUCUUCCCUUGCCAUCGCAGAAAUGAUUGCAGAUGAAGUGAAGCGAAGAUUUGAAUUGUGAAUGAUUGACGGGUGUAGUGCGGUUUUACCCCUCUUGUAUGUGUAGCAGCUUGUCUGCAUUGAAUGAACUCUGCAGCCUUUAAUGACAAAGAUAAAACAGGCAACGUGUUGCUUGCAAGACCAGCGCUGGUAUAGCUGUGCAGUGCAAAACCAGCAUUUGAAAUGUUUGCCUUUGCCAGCCCACAACUUCUCAUCUUCACGAAUAAAGGAGUUACGGUGCCUGGUAAGACCUGGUGCGGUACAGCCAUCUGCACGAAAGAAGCAAACAGCCCCGUUUGCAGUAAAGGUUCGUUCACCUGAGCAGGACCAGGCUGUGGAGGGGCUGGUGCCAGGCACAACGCGAGGGUCUCCCGGGACCGUAGUGGGCCGUUAGGUGGAGCAGGAAGAGCCUCUGUGGUGGAGUUGCCCACGGGGACUUCCCCUGCUUCUGAUCUAAACGUUGCCUCCUCCUCGCACUCUGGAGAGGUGGUCGGUCCGCUGAAAAACCACAAGCACGGCGUGGUUGUCUGUGUGCUUUCUCUCUGACUCCAUUUCAAUUGGAGUCUACGGUCCCCUAGCUUACAUUGAAGUGAUGGAGAUAGAAGGAUUAGCCCUGCUUACAGGUUCUGCUGAUAUGGAAUUAAGGGCUUUAUCAGAGACUGAAAACAAUACUCAGAGCCUUCUACAUGAAUCUAGAGUAUUUCAGAGAAUAAUAAGCCUAAUGAGGGAUUACCAAAUCCAAGUCAAUUUAGAUAUGCAAUUCAGAUACACUAUCUGAUCGCCAUCUCUAUUUUUGUAUAGACCUGAAAUUAAAAUGUAUUCAUAAACAGUCAUUUUUUGUUUAACUUAAAUCUGGGAAGUCAGCACUCAUCAGAAACUACUUCAGUGGGUUUGGGUUUUUUUUUUUUCCCUUUGAAUACUGGUAAUGCAAAAGGAGCUUAUCUUUGUACAGCAUGUUGAGCAAUCCAGUGGAAAUGGUCUUUGUAAAAGCAAACGUGAAGGGAGGGAAGCUACAGAAACCUGUUGUAAUUGAGUCAUGCUGCUUCCCUUGGAGCCCAAACAGCAGUGAGUCAGGAAGGCUUCCCAUUUCCCACAUGGCUGACAAGAGGGGAGCUUAGAAAGUGCUGGUUACUCUUCUGAGCUCUUACUGAUAGUUGAAGUUUUAUCAAAGGUGCACCUGGAAGAGUAUCUGUGUGGAGAAACUGCUUUAAACUAUAGAGAGAUGUUGAACAAGUUUGGUACUAAGCUAACUGAGUAUCUUGGUGUGUUCUGCAUAAUUGUUACAAAAAAGAAUUAUGUGGCCCCAGGGACAAAGUACUUGAGAAUACUUUUAAAGCAGAUGUUCACAGGAUGUUGGGUAAUACAGAUAAUUGUGGGUAGUUUGCUACCAGGCAAUUUGCCAUACUCUUUUUUUUCUUUUUUUUUU